CUCAGUCGCCCUCCAGGUUGAUAAACGCACCCCCAAUGGUGCCACUAAAGGAUGGUGAUCCAAGGACGCGCGUAAAGUCAAGGCAUUUCGAGGACUAUGCAUGGAGCUGCAAGAAGGCUUCUUCAUAUGGAUUAUUCUCAACUAUCAUAUUAUUACGAAAGCUUUCGGAAUUACAAAAACAAAAACGGCAGUAGUAUUUUUUUUAUUAACAAACAGUUUACGCACGUUUUGUUCUUUCUUCGUUAACCUAUUGCUGACUCUGAAUGUAAUUGUGAAUUUAUUUGUUUUAUAAAGAUCAUAUUAUCUUUAAGUGGAGAUAUAUAUUACGAAAUGUUGUUUUAUUAUAAGUUGUUAACAGACCAAUAUUAAACUCCAGCGCGGUUUGCAUAAGGUUAAGUCUGAGGAGGUUAGAAACUACUUUGUUUACCAGUUGUUUUCUUGUUGCUGUAACUGCAAAGAACUACAGAACCUUGUCAGUUGCUUAACAUACGUCCGUGAAAAGGUUGCUUCUGUAUCAGAGGACACCCACCAACAAAGAUAUAACUGAUUUUUGUUUUGCAACUAUUGAUUCCGAGCUUCAGUGCAAUUCAGUAUCUUCUUGUAAAGGGAAGGAAGCGUCCGACAAAGAGACUAAAUCAAACUUUCUUUUAUUUCAUCCCACUGCUUUACGCGCCGCAUUUUUGAGGAUGAAAGAUGAGGCUAUGCUUAAUAUAGAUGUAUUUAUCGGACUAUGUGCUGGACAAGUAGUAAAGCCUCAAUGAGCUCAUGACCACUGCAUACGAUGUUUUCCGAGGUGGCUAAUAUAAACUUUAGUUCAAACUCAAGCAGCGAGGAACCGCUGUCGUUUCUGGACCAAGAAUGGAAUGACACCCCAGCAGAGAGACUGUCUCGAACAGGGCACACCGUGGUCUCAGUGUUUCUAGGAUCUAUAAUGAUAUUUGGUUUCCUUAAUAACCUGAUAGUAUUGAUCCUGUUUUGCAAGUUCAAAACUUUGCGGACCCCUGUUAACAUGCUGCUUCUCAAUAUUAGCGUGAGUGACAUGCUCGUGUGCGUCUGCGGCACCACUCUCAGCUUUGCAUCCAGUAUUCAGGCACGCUGGUUGUACGGGAGGCACGGCUGUAUGUGGUACGGUUUCGUCAACUCUUGCUUCGGCAUCGUGUCGCUCGUCUCCUUAGCCGUGCUCUCCUACGAUCGCUACAGCACGCUGACCGUGUACAACAAGCAGGCGCCGGACUACCGGAAGCCUCUGCUGGCCGUAGCCGGAGCCUGGCUCUACUCCCUCUUCUGGACAGUGCCCCCCCUGUUGGGUUGGAGUAGUUAUGGACUGGAGGGAGCAGGGACGAGCUGCUCAGUCACGUGGACAGAGCAGAGUCCCCAGUCCCACUCCUACAUCAUCUGUCUGUUCAUCUUCUGCCUGGGCCUGCCCGUCCUGGUCAUGGUGUACUGCUACGGGAGGCUACUCUACGCCGUCAAGCAGGUCGGAAGGUUCCGGAAGUCGGCGGCCCGGCGCAGAGAGUACCACAUCCUCGUCAUGGUGAUCACCACCGUGGUGUUCUACCUUCUCUGCUGGAUGCCUUAUGGGGUGGUGGCCAUGAUGGCCACGUUUGGCCGUCCAGGCAUUAUCACCCCCGUUGCCAGUGUGGUACCAUCCAUCCUGGCCAAGAGCAGUACCGUCAUCAACCCCCUCAUCUACAUCCUCAUGAACAAACAGUUUUACAGGUGCUUUUUGAUCCUGUUCCACUGUAAGGCCCAGGCUACAGAGAAUGGCCAGUCAUCCAUGCCCUCCAAGACCACAGUCAUCCAGCUGAACCGCCGCGCGUACAGCAACACGGUGGCAGCGGCAGUGCAGAUCUCCCCCUGCGCCAACCACAACGAGCUGAGCACCAACAUCCCAGAAUGCACCAGUCCCAUCACCUCAGCAAGGAACGACCCGGGAGAAGCGAGUUUGUAAAAGAAAGCAACAACAACACCGGCGCAGUCAUCCUGUCCUCCCUUUGUUUCCAAGAUGGCCACGAGCUGUCAGACAGUGUCAUUGAAAAACCUCAAAACAACGUGUCAAAGUGUCCACCGACUCAUCUAGUAUUUCAUGUGGGGAUCUGCCUUAAAGUGUCAUCUUCAUCCAGGGACUUGUGUGAUGUACGUAAUGGACAGUGUUCCCAAAAAGUCUACAGCACGGUGUCACCCAAGAACUUUUCACACUGGUCAGCCAUGUGGUGGUGUCUCCUCUCCUGUGUGUUGCCAAGUGUCACGGACAAAACGUUUUAAGAAGUCAACCGAGAACUGUUAACACGCAAUCCCUUCCCAGUUUUUUGUCAGUCGUCCGCUCAUUUAGUAGGAGUGUAAAUAUAGUCUCUCUGUGUUUAUUCUUGCAGUGAUACUAUGCAGUGAGAUGGUCCCUGAACAAAAAUCUGCUUUUUGCUUUUCACAUUUCUUGAGUUCUCAGCAUUGCCAAAAUUGCACUGACAGCUGUCUUCUUUACGUCAAAGUCAAAUGGUUUUCUGUUCAGACACUUAACAGUGUUGUCAUCAUAAAAAAAACAUACAUGGAGUGAAUUCUUAUAUAGGGUAUAAUUUCUUUUUUGUACUCAAUGUCCUCUAUGUACGUUGAUGAUAGUGGAUGAUUGGUGUUUGUGAAAUAGGCGUGAGCUUGGUCUCUGACACCAGGCCAAAGCUUCCCUCGUCCGUGUGGUAGAGGGCACAGGAGCACGCUUCCCUCAUCCGUGUGGAUGAGGGCACAAGAGCACUCGUAAAUAAUGCAAGGAGACUAAUCGACCUGAGUGAGCCAGGACAGAGCUAGAACCAAACUUAUGGUGAUAUACUGGGUUGUAAAAGGUUGUACACAGAAGAUGAGAUAUUUAUGAUCCAAAAGACGAGGGGAACAUUUUAGAUCCGGGUGCUUGUAAAUAGUGUUCGUUUAUGGGAAAUAAGGUCUUAAUAAGAUCCUUAUCAAUGUUAAUAUUUGUUAAUAAGACUAUAAAAGUGUUAAUAAUAUUAGUAAAGGUUAGAGCUAAAGGUUAUGGUCAGUGUUAAUUGUUAGAUGAGAUAAGGUUUAGUUAAUAGAUAAUAAUGCUCUUAUAAGAUGCUUCGUAACAUUAAUAUGUUAAUAAGACUGAAUAACUUACCAAAGCCUCAUUGCUUAUUAUGUAAUACUUAUGACAAGCACCUGGAUCUUGGGAGGGAACGCAAUAAUCUAACCCGUAUGACAGUGAAGUCAAACUAAUUAAGAUUCAGAAGUACAGAUAUUAAGUAUUCAUGUGAAGCCCGAAGGACUGUGUACACAACAAGCUCUUCAAGUUCCUCUGUUCAAGGUACUCCGGCUGUUUUCAGAGACCCACUCUGGCAGAUUCACAGUCCUUCCUAUUUAGUCCUCACACACACAAUUCAUCUAAUCAGAUGAGGUCCUUGUUAGUUAGUAUAUUGUGAGAAUAAAAAUGUCCCUGAAUCUCUUCCCUCGGUUCAACGGGGUCUGCCACAACACUAUGUCAACAUUCUGACGAUCCAGACGUACAGUGACUUCACAGCACACCUAACAACAAAAAUGAAUAAUUCAAUAAAAGUCCAACUGUGCGUAAUGGAAUGCUUGUUGGUGUGUUUCUCUGAGAAAUGUACCCAUUGUUCAUUGUGCCUUUUUUACUUCCUGAUGAGACGGUCAAUAUUUCAUGCUCUGCUCUUCCUAUUGUUAUAAAAAAUAAUUAGGGGUCAGGCUCCAAACAACCGAGGAGAUGUUUAAAUGAGGAGAGAGGAAUUAGUAAAUGAAUUAACGAUUAAUGAACUUGACCAUGCAACCUUUUAGAAAUCCAGUUGGGAAUGAUGCAAUGGCAUUAACAUUCAAGCCCUUGAAUGUUAUAUUUGUGGCAUCAACCUCAUCUUAAUUGAUCGCAGAAUUUACGCCUGGCCAGUGACAUGUGACUUCCAUUUAGAAUCUUGGGAAAAAUACAAGCCAAUAAGAAAUGGUGACACUACAACGUCAUUUGGCUUUUGUAAUACUACAUUUACAUUUAGUCAUUUAGCAGACGCUCUUA